AAAUUUAACACCAAAAAGAAAAAAGAAAUAUAUAAAAUAAUUGUAUAAAACGUAAAUUAAUAAAAUAACCUAAGUGAACCAAACAAAAAAAAAAUAAAUAAAAUCAAUGCAAAAAAAGUGUAUAAAAAGUAAAGAAAGUUUGAAAAAUUAUUAAAAAUCAUCAUUUUAAAUUAUAAUAAAAUUGUAUGCAGGAUAAGCAGAAGCAGCAGAACAAAAGGAAGAAGAAAAAGAAACAAUUUAUGGAUUUCUUAGAUGUCCUUGUUGGAAAAAACAAUAGACGUUUUAAGGAAAACAAAAACAAAAGCAUAAAAUAAUAACAAAAUAACAAUAAUAAAACAAACAACUAAAACCCCCAAAACAAUACAGAAAUUAUAUGCAAAAAUAAUAAUAAAUAAACAAACAAACUCACACACAUACGCUUUCAACCUCACUCUCGUUUUAAAAGGAAAAUUUAAAAUUUUAUAAAAAAAGUUAAGAAAAAUAAUUUAACUAAUUGUUUAGCUAAAAGCUAAUUGACGGUUUCUAAAGAGCUUUAACGUUCAUAUUUUUUUGCAUAUUGUACAAAACAAACAACCAUCAUCAUGAAUUGCGAUGAAGUAUAUGAGAUCAAAAGAACUUGGGAAAUACCCGCUGCUACACCCACAGAAUCUGGUGUGGCGAUAUUGUUAAAAUUCUUUACCAAAUAUCCGUCCAAUUUGGAAAAGUUUUAUUCAUUUAAAGAUCUGCCAACUGAUGAAUUAAAAAACAAUGCCCGCUUCAAAGCUCAUGCUGUGCGCAUCAUUAAGGUGUUUGAUGAAUCCAUACAAAUGUUAGGUCAUGAUUGGUCGGGACCAAAACUAGAGGAGAUGUGGUCGAAAGUCGCCAUAUCACAUUUUAAUCGACAAAUUGAAAAACAAUCGUUUAUUGAACUCAAGGAAGUGAUUUUGGAAGUGUUGACGGCAGUCUGUAAUUUAAAUGAGAAACAAACGGCCGCCUGGGUAAAACUAAUGGACAUUGUCUACUCAAUUGUUUUCAAUACUCUGGACAAACUAAAAAAUGGUGAACAAUAAAACGAAGCGCAACAAAUACUUAUUUCAAGCACAGACACUAAAACAACAACAUUUGUUAAAUAAUAAUAAAAAUAAAAAAAAAUUAAUUUGUUAUUAGCAACUAACAAUUUAACAAUUGAUUUUUUUAAGGAAAAGUUGUAAAAAAAAACAAAUGUUUAUUGUUUGUAGAAAGAUGAAAUUAAGCUGUAGUUAGUUAAAGCUCUUCCUUGAAACAUAAAUAAACCAAUACCUAUAAAAACACAAAAAUAUACUCACAUAAACUGUUUUACUUAUUUCCUUUUCCUUCUCCAUUCCCACAAUUUCAAAAGAACACACACUAACGCACUUAAAAGCUUUAUAUUUAUUAAAAAUAAUACGUUAAACUAAACGUAUUUGUAUGUGUGUAUAUUAGAAACAAUAAUAAUAAAAAAAAAUAAACAAUUCAACAACUGGUAGUUGCAACCUUUAGCCCACCUCUAAGAAGAUAUAAAAAUAAAAUUAGUUUUUAAAAAAUAACAAAACUCAAAAAAAAGGAAACAUAAUUGUUAAUUGUAUUAAUGAAGAAAAAAAAACAAAAAAUAAAUUAACAUUAAUUAUGCAUUUUUUCUAAAUAUUUUUCUAAACAAAUUAUGAUUGAACUUGAUCAUAAGUAUGUAUGAAAACAUUGUAUGUAAAGGCUUAAGUACUAAUUGUAAUUUUUGUGUAACUAACAUAAAUAAAAAUAAUUAAAAAAAAACAAACUGAUAAAAAGUUUAAACAAAAUUAAAACAACAACAAAAAAUUGUAAUAAAAAUGUUUGUAUGGUAAAGAAAAUAAUAAUAAACUUAACAUAACUGGUAGAAAA